AUGAGUUGGGUUCGUGGUCACUCCUUAGGUAGCGGAAGCUUUGCUACUGUUCAUUUAGCCAAACACACAAAAGACUCUCAUAAAUUUCCAUCUCUCACUGCCGUCAAAUCAUGUGUUCUUGACAAUUGUUUUACUCUACAAAACGAAAAGCAUGUACUUGAUCAGUUAGAUUCAUCUCCACAUAUUAUUAAGUGUUUUGGUCACGAUCAAACAUUUGAAAACGGCCAAGAAUAUUAUAAUCUUUUUCUCGAAUACGCCACCGGUGGAACUCUUAAUGAUCAACUCUAUAAUUAUGGUGGUAAGUUCCCGGAGAAACUUGUUCGUCGUUACACUAGGUCUAUUGUUGAAGGACUCAAGUACAUCCACGAAAAAGGUUUUGUUCACUGCGACUUGAAGUUACCAAACAUUCUCGUGUUUGACAAUGACAACGUUAAGAUUUCAGAUUUUGGUCUUGCGAAAGAGAAAGGGGUUGUUGAUACGCGGCAAUGUAGGGGAACUCCAAUGUUUAUGUCACCAGAAGCGAUAAAUGACAAUGUGCAUGAGUCGCCAGCAGAUAUAUGGGCUCUUGGUUGUGCCGUCGUGGAGAUGAUUACUGGAGAACCUGUGUGGAAAAAUGAAACAGAUAUGUGGAUGUUGUUCACUCGUAUUGUGAUAAGAGAAGAAAAACCAUUGAUUCCAGAUGAAUUAUCACGCGAAGGGAAAGAUUUUCUUGACAAGUGUUUUGCUAUGGAUCCUUUGAAAAGAUGGAGUGCAGAUAUGCUUUUGAAACACCCUUUUAUCUCCGAAGAUGAAAAUGUUUCUCCAAUGAAAGUGUUUACUAAUGAGUUGUCUUUUUCAUCAUCGUCUCCAAGAACUCACUUCGAUUAUUCUCUAAUACUAGUAUUUGUAUUAUUAGUAUUAUUAUUAUUAUGUUUUAAGAGUGAUCUGGCAUCACAGUUCCUUCAAAUUUAAGAAUGGUCAUAACACCAUAUUCCCUAUGAUUUGAAUGGUCUUAGUUACCAUAUAAGAAUGGUCUCGGUACCAUAUUAGAACGGUCAUAGUACCGUAUUAGAAUGGACUUAAAACCAUAGCGCAAUGGUUUUAGUACCAUAUUUGAGGGUGUAAUUCUUGCCCGAUAUCUACAGUGCA